AUGUCAAUGAUACAACCUUCAAACACCAUGAGUGAUAAUGAUCGAUUAGUACCUUGCUGCAGCACCUCAAAUCCUAUACCUAGCUCUAGCAUAACAGAUUCAAUUCCAAGUUGUAGUAAAACAACUCAAAUUUCAAACUCCAACACUAGUAGUUUAAACGAGGGUUGUAGUAAUCCGGGCCCAUCUAAUGAAGAUGAAGAACUAGCUCUACCCCGUGCAUCAAUCAAUAAAAUGAUUAAAGAUGCUUUACCAAAUAUUCGGGUUGCUAAUGAUGUGAGAGAAAUGAUAAUGAACUGUUGCACAGAAUUUAUUCACUUAGUAGCAUCGGAAGCUAAUCAAGUAUGCAUGGCUCAGCAGAAAAAGACUAUAAACGCUGAACAUUUAUUAACUGCUCUAGACCAUUUGGGAUUUGGUGACUAUCGAGCACAAGCAGAAGAAGUUGGUAAAGACUGUCAGUCUAAAAGAAGAAGACAAAGUACAAGACUUGAAAAUUUAGGCAUACCAGAGGAAGAAUUGUUACGACAACAACAAGAACUAUUCGCAAAGGCCAGAGAAGAGCAAAUGGCUCAAGAACAACAACAAUGGCAAGAACUACAAGCUGCAGCACAACGAGCUGCUAUUAAACCUAAGACUGAAGAAAGCAGUGAUGAAGACGAUUACUCCUAA